GUUAGUCAGAAUGCGUUAAAAGUGACAAGAUCGCGCAAAUCUCAAGGACGUGAUUAUCGUAAAAAUACAAUUAAUUUAUCGAAAAUCGUGAGCCGUUUACUAGAUUCCGGCGGGAGUUACAACGACGUUGAAGCAAUUUUAUAAACGUUAUCGUUCUCGAGUAAUAAUUCGAAAGCAAUCAGAGAAAUAAAUUUCAGAUUUUUUUCUUUGGAAAAUAUUAGAUUGAAUGCGGAUCUUGACAACAUGGCGAUAAGAAAUGGGUACAUAAUUGCUUACUGCUAAACUGUUACAAUGACAAUGAAUCCGGAAUAUAGUUUGCAAAUCAUAAACUUGUAUAGCACUAAAAAUUUGGAAAACAGAAACUAUCAACGUUGAAACGCUACAGUUACCGAGCACAAGUACUACUUACCGUUGGGAUUACACGAUAAUAAUAUACAUAUAUAUUCGCAGAAACAAGUUUACAAUUUGAAUGGAAUACUUUAAUGUUAUGGAGAAAUGAGAUACAUUAAAAAACAAGAUACAUGGUUCAUAUUUAGUUCUAAUGAAAUUAUCAAAUUACAUAUAUGUUAUUAUUUAAUAAGCAAUUGGUAUCAAUAUCUUUAGAGUUAACAUCAAUUAAGUAGAUUCGAUAAAUUAUAUCCUUCCUUAUUGUUUACAAAUAUUUAUAAACAUAAACUUUCAUUGAAACAAGAUAAUAAAUAAGGGGAAAAGAUUUGAAUAAGUUAAUAGUAGACAUAAAAUUAUCCUUGAAUGAACUUUACUUUGGAAUCUAAAUUUAGUAUACGUUGUUGUAAAUAGUAUUUGAUAUACUGGAUGAAUUAUAUAUUAUAAUAAUUAUACUGUUAAAAAAUUAUAAAGUUUCAUGUAGAAUUAAGUAGUACUUUGUUUUGUAGUACUUUAUACAUUAUUUUUGACUAUGUAUCACACUAUGUAUCCACCACAAAUAAUGGUGCAGAUAAUGGGAGGUCAACAGGCAAAUGGACAGUGUCCACCGGUUCAAGCACACGCAAUGCACAAUCACGGUGCAGGAGCAUUUCUUCAAUCUGAAUAUGUAAAGUAUCGUUCAGAUAGUAGCUGUGCACAGAAUAGACAUCAGAUGAUACAGACAGGAUCUUAUCCACUGGAGUUACUGCAAUUGAUGGGUGUUGAAAUACCUUCUCUAAGACGUAUAGAAUACAUGCAAUCACCGAACGGAGUGUCUUCUGGACAGUGGCAAAGACGGGUGAAUACAUCAAAUAAUACACCUAUUAUACCCUCUCCGCAUCUUACUUUUAGGCCAAACAGUAAUGGUUUAGUAAAAAAAUCAAAUUGGUAUAACAAAGUCAGUAAAAGAAAUUCAUUUAGAGAAUCAUUUGCAAAGAACGAAAGGUACGGCAGUGAUAGCGGUUUCAGUUCUCGAUCUCCAACACCGAACAAGCAUUACAUUGAUAGUAGUCAAACAGAAAGUUCAGACGAACGAGAUUCUGUAAUUUCUUCGGUUGAACAAAGUAUCAAAAAGUCGCAUAAAAUGCAUUCAAACAAUAUUGCAAACAACAGAAUAAUGCAGUACGGUAUAUUUUCAAAUACUUCCUCGAAUCAUUAUUAUCAAAAUCAAAAACCUGUUAAUUAUUAUCCUGCUGCAAUGCCAACAUCUAGAAUUCAAGUACAAACUUAUCAGAAUAAAAGAAGAUAUCAUUCAGGAAGAAAUAGUCCACCUCCUCAAAGAUUGCAAAGGAACAGAAAGUAUAUGGGGUUAUUAUCACCAACUUAUAAUACGUUUCCUAGGUAUGGAAUUGCUCCAGAUCGAUUCCUUGCUAGGUCACAUUUAGUUGAAGUAACUCACGCCCCGGACGAGUUGAUUAAUGGAUCUAUUUGGGAUAAUUUGUCAAAAGAUGUUUGGUCAAAAUUUAUGCUCAAUCAACAAACUGAAACCAUAUAUAGAAAUAAAAUGAUGCUUUGGAGAUAUCUUUAUGUAUACAUUAAGACUGCAUUUCCAAAAUAUGGUUUGUUUUUGGUUGGAUCUACGAUGAAUGGUUUUGGGUCAGAUAACAGUGAUGUUGACAUGUGUCUUUUAGUGAGACAUACAGAAAUGGAUCAAAGGAACGAAGCCAUUGGCCAUUUAGAGCAAAUAUUAAAGUGUCUUAAGAGAUGUGAUUUUAUAGAACAGCUGGAACUUAUACAGGCAAAAGUACCAAUUCUCAAGUUCCAUGAUUCUAUACAAAAUUUGGAAGUUGAUUUAAACUGUAACAAUGCUGUUGGUAUUCGAAAUACUCAUUUACUCUAUUGUUAUUCUCGAAUUGACUGGAGAGUGAGACCAUUAGUAGUGGUGGUUAAACUUUGGGCUCAGUCCCAGGAUAUCAACGAUGCGAAAAACAUGACAAUAUCUAGCUAUUCUUUAGUUCUUAUGGUUAUCCAUUUUUUGCAGUGUGGUGUUAAUCCACCAGUUCUACCUUGCCUACAUACUCUUUACGAGGGUAAAUUUUCACCGCAUACAGAUAUUCACUGUAUAGAUAUUCAAGAAGAAUUGGACAUUCCAGCCACUGUACUUCGGCCAAAGAAUAGACAAUCAUUAGGGGAACUUUUUGUUGAAUUUUUUCGAUAUUACGUGAUGUUUGAUUUCAAUCAAUUCGCAAUAUCGAUACGUUUGGCUAAUAAGAUACCGAUAGAAGAAUGCCGAAGGGCACGAUCUUAUAAAAAUGAUCCGCAUCAGUGGAAAUAUUUAUGUAUCGAAGAACCAUUUGACCUUACCAACACUGCUAGAUCAGUUUACGACCCGGAUGUUUUUGCAAGAAUCAAACAGGUAUUUGAUUGUACGUAUCAAAACUUGAAGAAACAUCAUGACUUAUCCAGGAUAUUUGUCAAGAUGAAUUCAUCGUCAUCCUAUAUCGUGACGUAAUCACGUUCACAGUUGGCUAGUAUAGAAAUACUCAUUUAUCUAGUAUAAUUUUUAUACUUGAAUACGGUUUAUUUUUGCAAUUGGCCUCAGCUUAUAGAAUUGGAGGCAAUUCGACUGAUACCACCUAUACUGUAUGAAGGAUGAUAGAAAGUACAAUGAGGUAAUAAUAUUCUACGCUUACCUUGAGCUACCACGCUCGUGUAUUGUGAUAAUAGCCGGCGCUUCCAUGCAAUGGCUCACCUGUUGCGUUUAAAAGAUCGAGUUUUUCCUCUCGUCUUGUUUCGUUUCUGUUUUAUUUCUCUAAUUUUUUUUUCUCUAUUUUUUCUUUUCUUUUCUUUUCUUUUCUUUUCUCAAUAUGUAGAGUCGCUUAUUACAUGAAUUUAAAUCUAUACUAUCAAAAAGAUUCUUAGCUUUUCACUAUAAACGAAAUAAUAACAUUUGUAAUUAAAAACGUAGAGGAAAAAGCAUUAGAUUCAAAUUGAAAGUUUGAUAAUAUUAAUCGCACACAUACGACACUGUUUUUCUGCAUAUAUUAAUAAUCACCUUGUGAAUUUCUUCAGUUCCAUUUUGUUACGUAUUCGAAUAUAUGAAAUGUGGUGCCUUACUAUUAUUUAAUUGUUACAAAGUCUCUCGUUAAAUAUAAUGAGUCGCCGAAAUUUCAACUUGCGACAAUUACGAUGCUGAUUAAUAUCGGCUCGAUAUAUGUUUAAACAACUACGUCUAAAAUUCGAAAACGACAUCGAACUUUCUUUCAAAUUUCAAAUAUUCAUGUACAAAAAAAGGUACUUACUAUUAAUUAAGAACUAUCGCGAAUAAACCUGUGCUUAAAAAAAGAAA